AUGAGGACUCGCACAGGUAAGAAGCCGAUCGAAUGCAAAAUAUGCGGAAAAAUUUUCACCACGACAUCGAGUCUGCGUGAACAUAUGAGGAUUCAUAACGGUGAGAAGCCGUUCUCUUGUUCAGAAUGCAAUAUGAGUUUCACUCAAUCAUCGACUCUGCGUGAACAUAUGAGUAUUCAUAAUGGUGAGAAGCCGUUCGCUUGUUCGGAAUGCAAUAUGAGUUUCACUCAGUGUACAUUUUCAGGA